GUGUAGAUUGGCAUCAAUAUCAAAAAAAUAUAUUAUAUAUUUCUAAAUUUCUGUCAAUAAUUAUUGUGAAUGCGUUGAUCCAGAAGCAAAGCAGAAUGGCGACUCGGAGCUUGACAGAAGUUUUCAUCCUUAUGAGGAACAAUGCCAUGCAAAAUCGGCAUAUUUUCUCAGAGCAAGUGAGUACAGUCUAUAGGCCUACUACCAUCUCAGUCUCUGCUUCAGCUUCAGCUGCGGCUGCGGUUGCUGAUGAUCGCAUGGCGUUAGUGUCAAGUGUUACAACAGAUCCAGAAGCGGGUAUAGGGGUUACAAAAGGAUUAGGAUUGCCGCCAGACUGGGUUGAUCUCUUGGAAGAAAUUCAAUAUGAUAUUACAAGGAUAAAACAAAAAAUGAAAGAACUUUCUAGUUUACAUGAUAAAUACUUGAAUAGACCCACUUUAGAUGACAAUGUAGACGAAGAACAUGCAAUCGAAAUUACAACUCAAGAGACCACACAGAUGUUCCAUAGAUGCCAGCGGAACAUACAGCAAAUAGGACUGAAAAGUCGAAUGGCUACCCCACAAGAACGGAAAGUUACUAAAAAUAUUAUGUCUUCAUUAGCAGCUAGUUUACAAGAUUUAUCAAUAAAUUUUAGGCGAGGCCAGUCUGCAUACUUAAAAAGGAUGAAAAGUCGAGAAGAAAGGGCGAAACAGUUCUUUGAUACUGGUAUGUCUCCGGGCAGUUCGUUAAUGGCAGAAGAAAAUCUAAUAGAUGAUGAACUUUAUGAUAAAGGUUUUUCAGAAGGCCAUAUACAGAUGGUUGCAGAGAACACUGCUCUUGUUGAGGAACGAGACAAAGCUAUCCAGCAUAUUGUCCAGUCUAUAUCAGAUCUCAACGAGGUAUUCCGAGAUUUAGCCACUAUGGUGGUAGAACAGGGUACAAUUUUAGAUAGGAUAGAUUAUAACAUUGAAAAAACGACCACGACAGUACAGCAAGGAAUGAAGCAGUUGCAAAAGGCUGAAAAAUACCAAAAGAAGAACAAAAAGAUGUUAUUUAUUAUGGUCUUAGCUGUUAUAAUAAUAAUUCUUAUAGUAAUACUUAUAGCAAUGAAAACCUAGAAAAUAGAUAUGAGCUAUAUAUAGUGUAUAUAA